UGCCUUCUCAUUCCGUCACCGCCACACCUGCCAGUCCCUCCUUCCUCCCUCAUCCAGCCCAUCACCUUUUCCUCCUUUUCUUUUCCCUCCACCAAACUCUUCCUCAUAGCCAAGCAACCCCAUCAAGAAAGCCCUUACCCUCCAAGAAAUGAAUAUCCUACACUCCACUCUCUCCACCUGGAGAGACCGUCUGGCACCAGUCUCCCGGACUUCGACCUUCCGAACAACCGGCCAAAUCACGCCCGAGGAGUUCGUCCUCGCAGGCGACUAUCUUGUCUACAAGUUCCCCUCCUGGUCCUGGGCCGACGCCGCGACGCCCGCCAAACGAGUUUCCUACCUCCCGCCCGGGAAACAGUUUCUCGUAACCCGAGGCGUGCCAUGCCACCGACGCCUCAACGACAACUUCGCCGGGGAUGCGGGUCACGAUGAUGAGAUCGUCCGGGACAUGUUGGCGGGGGAGGAUGACAACGACGAUGGGUGGUUGAGGACGGGAGGCGGGGACGACGCAGCAGCGGCGGCAGCUCGGAUCGGAGAUGUGCGGACGGUCGACGAGGCGGGGAAUAUGGGCGAAGAAGAGCAAGAGGAGGAAGAGAUCCCGGAUAUGGAAGAUGAGGAUGAUGAUGAGGAGGCGAUUAUUCGAGAGCCUAUGACGGGGACGACACAACCAACCCGCACCUACAACCUCUACAUCACUUAUGCGAACUUCUACCGAACCCCCCGUCUCUACCUCUCCGGAUAUCUAUCAGCAUCUGAACCCCUCCCCCCGCAACUCAUGAUGGAGGAUAUCGUCGGCGACUACAAAGACAAGACUGUGACCCUGGAAGAUUUCCCGUGGUUCGAAGGAAGCGUGAAGAUGGCUACUGUACACCCCUGUCGACACGCCUCGGUAAUGAAGACCCUCCUGGAUCGUGCAGAUGCGGCGCUCAAAAUUCGUCGCGAUAAGCUUAAGGCUGCGGCGGCGUCGCAGGCACAGCCCGACGCCCGGGUUGCGGCGGGCGCAGGCGGACUGGAAGGGCUAGUGGAUGAUAUCAAGGGACUAUCAUUGAGCGAUGGGCAGGUCCAGCAGGGCGAUGAGUGGGAGGUGUUGCAGCAUGACGAGGAUGAUCAAGUUGCGAUCCGAGUCGAUCAGUAUUUGGUUGUGUUCCUCAAGUUUAUUGCUAGCGUCACGCCAGGGAUUGAGCAUGACUUUACCAUGGGGGUGUGAAACCUAUCUUUGUUAUUGAUACCUGGCCGGUUUCGGGUUUAGUUUAAUAGUUACGAGGGUGAUGAUUUCCUCUCUUGUUUACUCCAUAUUUCUAUAUUUAUGAAAUGGCGCCCAAGGAGCAUGUUAAUUACGAAGCAUGGAAGAUGAUAUUACGAAGACUAAUGCAAUGCAAUCAGCUAUAUGUUUCAC